GCACUGAACUCCACAGCAGUGAAGGCCACAGACCUGCUCCAUUACAGUAAGUUUUCCAAACUUUAGUCAACUUAUAACAUUGCUUUGACGUAUCUGGGCGGAACCUUAACCAUCGAGCACUGGAGCGAUACGGACUGUUUUUGCAGACGAACCGCUGCGCUCAGGGGGAUUUAAACAGUUUAGGAUGGCUCAAGCAGACAGCAGGGCUCUGGCUUUGGGAGUUCUAGCAGGGGCUGCUGGGAUCAGCUUGGCGAUCGCCUACUUCCGGAAAGUUGGAGCAGGUGGGGACAGAGUCGUACACCUCAGCAGCAAUGCAGAUCACACGGGAGGCCGUCUGGGUCUGCAGACGGGCCAGGCUGAAGUGCUGGAUCGGCUGGGUGCUCUGAUCCAUUGUGUGUCUGAGCUCAAAGAGGAGGUAAAAGCCCUGAAGGAGGCACUUCCACACCUGCAGGACAACGUCAGGGAUCAGCUUAGGGGCCGAAGCAGGGAAGAAAUUGGUGCUCGCAAGGCAAGUCCACUUCAUCGAACUCCCGCCAGGAGAAAAAGAGCAGGUGUCCCAGAUAGAACUGAAGGACAAAGCUCGGAAGAAGCAGAGAGUGAAGGAGGAUAUAUAACCGCACUGACCGACUCUGAGGAAGAGAAAAGUGACGAUGAACGAAAACCACUGCAGGAACCAGUGGAUGAACUCAUGGCUCUGUUGCAGAAAGCAGACCGACUGCACAGCUGUACCGGGGCAGAGAAAGCACAAGGCCUGAAUGCUCUUCUGGAGAGGAAAGAAGAGUUUGAUCAGAAGGGGCAGUACCUUUGGCGGUUGUCCAGAGCCUAUGCAGAUGCACAUGAUUUUGCCAUGGACCUUGCAGAGAAGAAGAGCUACGCUGAAAACGGGAAAAAAGUUGGUGAAGAGGCAAUAUCCGUCAGUCCACUGUGUGCAGAAGGUCAUCAGUGGUAUGCUAUUCUUUGUGGACUCCUGACUGAAUAUGAAUCUAUUCAGAAUAAAAUUAAGAAUGGCUACCUUUUUAAGGAUCAUCUGCAUAAAGCGAUUGAGUUGAAACCUGGAGAUCCUCUGUCAUAUUACCUGCUGGGCCGCUGGUGUUAUGCUGUGUCCCAAUGUACGUGGAUUGAGAGGAAAAUCGCUGCUACUCUGUUUGGAGAGCCACCCAGUGCCACCGUCCAGGACGCCCUGCAGAACUUCCUCAAGGCAGAGGAGAUCAGUCCCAAGUACUCGAAAUUCAACUAUGUGUUUUUAGCCAAGUGUUACAAAGACUUGGGUCAGAGGAGUCAUGCCCGACAGAUGUGUGACGCUGCUUCUGCGAUGAGCAUUGUGAUUAAAGAGGACGAGGAGGCACAGAAGGAAUUGGACUCUCUUGUUGCAUCACUUUAAUACGUCUCCAACAGAAGGGAAAAAAGGCUCUCUGUCUUUGUGUUCCAUCUCUUUAGACUGGACUGUGACUGGACUGUAGCUGUUUACCCACAAACCAACAUAUGAACUAUUAAUGUUGGCCGGGACAUGUUUGCAUUUAUUGUGCAUCCAUUAAAAUGCACAA